AUGGCUUUGGAUUUACGCUUGCACUCUCCUGCAGGCGCGGAACCUGUUGUUUAUACAUGGCCCCUCACAUCGGGUCAUGGCUCGGACAAACACGAUGGAGCCUUAGAAAUAGUAGAAACAAUAAGGUGGGUUUGCGACGACUUGCCGGAGAUGAAAGGUGCUUUGGAAAAGAACAUACUAAGCGAUUACGACACCCACUCAUACGAAAGUAUGAGAGCAUUAUGCGACCGCUUCAAUCGCGCUAUAGACUCCGUUGUCGCUUUGGAAAAGGGUACAUCGUUACCCGCUCAGCGGUUGAACAAGUAUCCGUCGAGAGGUCUACUAAAACACAUUUUGCAACAAACAUACAACCAAGCCGUUUCAGAUCCUGAUAAAUUGAAUCAAUAUGAACCCUUUUCACCUGAAGUAUACGGUGAGACGUCAUACGAGUUAGUAUGUCAGAUGAUAGAUCAGAUAGAUAUAACGGCGGAAGAUGUGUUCGUGGACCUCGGGUCGGGAGUGGGGCAGGUGGUGCUACAGAUGGCCGCCGCCACACCCUGCCGCAUCUGCUUUGGGGUUGAGAAAGCGGAGGUACCCAGCAAAUACGCUGAGAGUAUGGAUCUUCAUUUUCGAAUGUGGAUGAGAUGGUAUGGAAAGAAGUAUGGGGAGUAUAAAUUAAUAAAGGGCGAUUUUCUUAUGGACGAGCAUAGGGAGAAAAUUAAUUCAGCCACCAUAGUGUUCGUUAACAACUUCGCGUUCGGUCCGCACGUCGAUCAUCAGUUGAAGGAGAGAUUCGCAGACUUGAAGGACGGAGCUAAAAUAGUAUCAUCGAAGAGCUUUUGCCCGUUGAACUUUAGAAUAACAGACAGGAAUCUGAGCGAUAUCGGGACCAUCAUGCACGUCAGUGAGAUGUCGCCGCUGAAGGGCUCGGUCUCGUGGACGGGCAAACCAGUAUCUUACUAUUUGCACAUAAUCGAUAGGACCAAAUUGGAGAGAUACUUUCAAAGACUGAAAAAUCCGAAACUCAAGGUCAGCAAAAGGGGUUGCCAGGGCGAGGACGGCGACGGCAAGCGCAACGCGAGCGCGCCGCCCACGCGCCAGCCCACGCCCGACCUGCUCAACGGCAACAGCAACCACAGCACCGGCUCGCUGCCCGAGCGCCGCCGCAAGAUACCGCGCCCGAGACCCAUCAGUAGGGGUGAAGGCGGCAGGACGCGCGCGCGCGCGGCGGCGUCCAAGCGGCGCGUGGUGCGGCGCUCCAGCGACGAGAGCGAGGAGGAGUCGAGCGGCACGGACGAGCCGCCCGGCCCCGAGCCCGCGCCGCGCGAGUGGGGCGCGCCCUGGGCCUCCUCCUCACUCACCGCGGACCGCAACCGGCGCGCGACGAACAAGCGCAGCGCGAGCGCGGGCGGCGUGCGGCGCCGCGCCGCGCGCGCCAAGCGCCGCCGCGCCGCGCCCGCCGCCAUCGCCGGCCUCGACCUGCUGCACUCCACCACGCUCGCCUCCACGCUGCACAAUGGCGCUGUGACGGCGCCGCCGCCGGGCUGCGUGGAGCAGCGGCUGUCGGCGCUGGGCGUGGCGCUGCAGCCGGCCGAGCGCCUGCACUCGGAGCUGGACAUCCCGCGCGCGCCGCACGCGCCCUACGCGCUGCAGCUGCUGCUCGACAUGUUCCGCGACCAGUACCUAGCCUUCAUCCGCCGCAUGAACACGCCCGAGUACGCUGCCGAUGUGCGCAACCAGAUUGACAAGGAAAAGGAACGAAAUCAGAAGUUAAAGUCGCGCGCUUCACAGUUGGACAAACAAAUCAACGUGCUUAUAAGUGAUAGCGUAGCUUUAUUAAAGGCGCGUAUGAGUGAGCUCGGGAUCCACGCCAACAAUACAGUCGACCUCCUCGCCAAGGCAAAGGAAAUCGUCGGUCGCCAUAAGGAGCUCCAGAGCAAGGCUAGCAAACUUCAGGCCCAGGUAAACAGUAUAGAGGCCGACCAGGCGAUACUGGUGAAGCAGAGAACUUUUGAGAUAACAGAGAAAUACAGACAGAUGGGUCACAUACCGCCGGACGUAGAGAUCACCCAGAACAUAGCGCACGACUGUAUACUCAAAGAGAUAUCGGCGACCCUCGCGCACAGGAAGCGGCUGCACGCGCAAGUGGGGCACCUGCAGAACGAGAUAGUGCAGAUGGAGCGCGCCAGCGAGCAGAAGCCGCCGGCGCCGUCGGUGCCCGUGGCCACGGUCAAGCCGCACACGGUCAACUCCAAGCCGCGCAAGGCCCGCGAGCACCGCUCCCGCUCGCAGGACUGGCCCGACGUGCCCGACGUCGGCAAGAUAGAGGAGCAGAACCCCGAGUUGCUCGCGCAAAAGAUACUAGAGACCGGCCGGCAGAUAGAGGCCGGCAAGAUAACUAAGCCGAACGUUAUCGUCAACGGGUACACCAGGGACCCCGACCGGCAUAUGGAUCACAGACAAUCAAAAGCAGUCCCCGUGCACCGCGCGCAGGUGCACGCGUCGCGCAGCGCGCAGCCGCCGCUGGCGCGCCAGUCGCCCGUCAAGUCGCAGAAGCCUCUGAACGUGGUCGGCAAGGUGCAGGAGUCGCCCAAAGUCAUCAACUUCGAGGACAGGCUCAAGAGUAUAAUCACGUCGGUGCUCAACGAGGACCAGGAGCAAAGGAAAGCGUCGAGGCUCGAGCCAAGACCACAAAUACCAAGUCAUCCAUACAACAAUGGGUACGUGCGACCGGGACCUUUGCCCGUGCCGGUGCCGGGUCCUCCUCACGGCGCGUACCCACAGCGUCCCGCGAUGGCGACUCCGUCCGCGGGCUCCCCGUACGCCCGAGCGCGGGACGUGCGGGACGUACGCGACCCGCGGGACAUGCGGGACGUCCGGGAGAUGCGCGAUGUGCGGGAAAUGCGGGACGUGCGACGGGAUCGCUUCGGAUACGACCGGCGCGAGGGCCGGCCGCACGUACACCCUGAGCCGCGCGUCUCCGACCUGCGUCACCAUCACGUCGCACAACCUGACUAUACGCAGGUGUCACCGGCGAAGCUGGCGCUGCGUCGUCACCUGUCGCAGGAGCGGCUGGCGGCGCCCGGCGCGCGCACCAUCGGCGACCUCGUCAACGGCGAGAUCGAGCGCACUCUCGAGAUAUCCAACCAGAGUAUCAUCAACGCGACCGUCAACAUGAGCGCGCGCUACCACGACCCCGUCUCUACGGUCUCCGCCGUCUCGUCCGUCUCCUCGCAUCAGCCGCUAGAAGGUUUAGCGGCGUGCCUGCAGGCGCGCGUGCUCGCGUCGGAGUACUGGCGCGGGCGCGCGCCGGCCGCCGGCGACGCCGACGACGCGCGCCGCCGCACGCCGCCCGCCGACCCGCACUCCAACACCUCCACGCCGCUCGUGGACGAGCUGCCCGACGCCGCGCGUCAAGAAGGCGAGGGCGGCGAAGAGGUCGAAGAGAGCAAGUGGCAGGACCGGAUAGCGUUUCGUUUCGACCAGAUAAUAUCGUUUGCGUCUACGGCCAUGGAAGAUAAGCGGCGUCGCUCCGACGAGGCGUGCAACACGUCGCCGGACUCGGGCAUCGGGCACGGCGGGCCGGCCGAGGGCGCGGCGCCGGGCGCGGGCGCGGGCGGCGCGGGCGCGGGCGCGGGCGCGGCGCGGUCGCCGUCGCCACAGGCGCAGUCGCAGGCGCCGCACCACUUCAAGAAGCGCUUCUUCCGGCGCGAGCGCUGGGGCGCGUGGAGCGGCGCGCCGCCGCCCGCCGCCGUGGACUGGGAGCGGCCGCCGAUG